AAAGCUUUGUUCUUUUUGUUGUUUUCAGAUACCCUUUAGCCUAAAGCUUUCAUCUUUCAGCUUUGUUCUUUUUGAAGUUGAAAGUUUAUGAAUUUAUUAUGUGUAAGCCGAAUGGGAGGGUUGCGAAAGGGAAGUUAACGAGUGCUAUGAUUGGUACUCUUGGUAGGUUAGGGAAGAUUGAUCGUGCUAUAGAAUUGUUUGAAGAAUCUAGGAUUGAAGGUUAUGGAAUGACUGUAUAUACGUUUUCGGCCAUGAUUAGCGCGUAUGGCCGAAACGGCCGCUUCCCUGAUGCUGUAGAGUUGUUCAUGUCUAUGCGUGGCUUUGGCCUUGUGCCCAAUUUGGUUACGUACAACUCGAUAAUAGAUGCGGGGGCGAAAGGGGAGGUGAGUUUUGAUGUGGUUGUUAAGUAUUAUGAUGAAAUGCUGGCUGCUGGUGUAAGGCCGGAUCGUCUUACUUAUAAUUCACUUCUUUCUGUCUGCGCUUCCAAGGGCAUGUGGGAAAUGGCUCAAAAGUUAUUGACAGAAAUGGAUGGUAGGUGGAUUGUUCGCGACGUGUUUACGUAUAACACUUAUUUGGACACGCUAUGUAAGGGCGGACAGAUUGAUUUGGCGAGAAGGGUAUUCGAAGAGAUGUGUUUCAAGUGCGUUUGGCCAACUAUCGUGACUUAUAGCACACUAAUGGAUGGCUAUGCCAAGGCUAGCCUCUUGGAAGAUGCCGUUCAUCUAUAUGAAGAAAUGAAGCUUCAAUCUGUUUGUCUUGAUAGAGUAUGCUAUAACACACUGGUCGGAGUAUAUGCGAAGCUCGACAGGUUUGAUGAAACUGUCAAUAUUUGCAGAGAGAUGGACGGAUGUGGAAUUAAAACCGACGUCAUGACAUACAAUGCUCUGUUGGCCGGGUAUGGCAGACAUGGCAUGUAUGCUGAGGUUAAAAGACUGUUUGAGGAGAUGAAGGCUCGGAACAUAUAUCCGAAUACGCUAACAUACUCUACCAUGAUCGAUGUCUACACUAAAGCUGAAAUGUUUCAGGAAGCUAUGAAUGUUUAUAUAGAGUUCAAGAUGGCAAGAUUGGAGGUGGAUGUUGUCUUUUUUACUGCAAUCGUUGAUGCUCUAUGCAAAAACGGUUUAGUGGAAUCUUCGAUAAUGUUGCUUGUUACAAUGAUUGAGAAGGGAAUUAGGCCGAACGUUGUGACUUUCAACUCAAUUAUCGAUGCAUGCCAACAGUCACCACCUUUGGAAUACGGAGUUCAUGGUUCUACACAAGCCAUUGAGCAUCCAAUUGAACAAUCAUCUGCUAUGCUUAUUGAUGAUGCUUUUCAGACUAAGCCGGGGGAGGACUGAAUCUUGAAGAUGUUUCAGCAACUUGCUUCUGAAAAAGCUGGUCAUAUAAAGAAACUUCGGAGAGGACGCCAAGACCUACACUGCAUAUUUUGGCUCUUCCAAACAAUGCAUGAGCUGCACAUCAAACCAAAUGUUGUUACAUUUUCAGCCAUUCUAAAUGCAUGCAGGUAAAUACUUUGAAUUAUAUAUCCUUUGUCACGUUUGCUUUGAUAUUCUCGCAUGACUAUAUAAUUUGAUCCAUUUUGAUGCAGUCGUUUGCUUUGUUAUGCAACC